GACCCCUGCUCGAGUUCCCCCACCACGCGUCUGGACGAAGCCCGCGACAGACGGAAACAGGGCUGAAAGUCACAAAAGACGCGUUUUGUGUCUCACGCUUGCCAAGGUCGCAUAUUAUCGAUCUUGUAUAAUUUCCCUUCUGCUGCGGGACCAUUGUGGACAUACAUUUCCGACGAUUCUUCCACUGCCCACCACGAUGGCGCGUACCAAAGUGACCGACAAGGCUAUCGCGACGGAGCUCGUUAGCGUGGUGCAACAAAUCUACAACGGCCCGGACAGAGACAAAUUGACCGUCAACUAUGCGCGCCAAGAAGCCGAGGCCAGCCUUGAGCUUGAAGAUGGGUUCUUGAAGGAAGGCGAUUGGAAGGCGAAGAGCAAGGAGAUUAUUGUCAACACUUUGAACGAACUUGAGAACGCCGACCACGAAUCUCCGCAAGCUACACCGAGCCCCAAGAAGCAAACAAAGGCAGCGCCCAAGAAGAGCAACCAUGGAAACCAGAAACGGGGCAAAAAGGCGGUAGUCCCAUCCGAUGCCGAGUCUGACGUUAGCGAUGCGAGCAACGCGAAGGACGCGGCAGUACCACCGGCAAAAAAGCGCAAGGUGGUAAAAGGGACACAGAAAAAGACCAAGGUGCUGUCCGACCACGAGGAUGACAGUCCGGCGGUCAGUGAGGGUCCAAGCGACGAAGAAUCCUCAAAGUCUGCAGAGAAUCCCCACUCGAAGCCGGGAGCAAAGGGUGAGAGCUCGAGCGAGUUAUCAGACGCUCCCGACGAUUCCCUUAAAAGCAAAACCGUGUCGGAAAAGGAAGACACGGCCAAAUUAACAGAAGACGACGAGAGCGAGCUAUCCGAUGUCAUCGACGAGCAACCGAAACAGAAACCGAAACCCAAGGCCAAGCCCGCUCCCAAACCCAAACCCACUGCCAGCACCACAAACCCCGCCGGCGAUGACUCCUCAAGCGAACUCUCCUCCCUGAUCGACGAGCCCCCUCCCCCCAAACGCAAGCGCAAGUCCGGCAAAGACACCACCACCACCGCCGCCGCCACCACCACCACCGCCGCCGCCACCACCACCGCCGCCGCCACCACAAAACGCACCACCAAACCCUCCUCCACCACCGCCGCAGCCGCCGACUCGCCCGACGAGGCCCAGAUCAAGCUCCUGCAGUCGCACCUCGGCAAGUGUGGCGUGCGCAAGGUGUGGGGCGCCGAGUUCAAGCGGCACGGCGCCGACACCCCCAAGGCCAAGAUCAAGCACCUCAGGGCGAUGCUCGCAGACGUCGGCAUGCCGGGCCGGUUCUCGGAGGCCAAGGCGCGCGAGAUCAAGGAGAUGCGCGAGCUGCAGGCGGAUCUGCAGGAUGUCAUGCAGGGGGAGAAGAGCUGGGGCGUGGAGAGCGGUGGGAGGGGCGCGAGGAGACGCGCCGCGGCUGGUGGCGGUGGUGGUGGUGGUGGUGCUAAAGGGGGUGGCAAGCGUGCGCGGGCGGCUAGUCCUGAGGGCAGUGACGAGGAAGGGGGUGGUGGAGAGAGUGGGGCGGAGAAGAGCGAGGAGGGUAGUGAGGAUGAGGGUGCGAAGCAUGCUGUUCGUGGGAAGGGUCUGGCGAAGCGCAGGGCUGAUCUGGCGUUCUUGGGAGAUGAGAGCGAGUCGGACUGAGUGGUGAGGGGUUGUAUUUUGUUGUUCUCGUGGGGUUUUGGGCGAGCUUUGCUCAUAUGCUUCGAGCUUGUAAGAGAAGGUCAGAUACCCUUUCCUUAGGUACUGUAAAACGUAUUGCUGCUGUUAUGAAACUAGUUGU